AUGUUAGAAAAACGAUUGGAGCGUAAUCCCGAGCUGAGGCAGCAAUACAAUGAUUUCAUAAGGGAGUAUGAGGACCUCGGCCACUGCAGAGAAGUUAAGGAAGCUGAGGAUCCAAGUAAUAUGGAUACGUACUAUCUGCCGCAUCAUGCAGUAUUACGACCGUCAAGCUCAACCACGAAGUGCCGUGUCGUAUUCGAUGCUAGUGCCAAAAUGGACCCAUCAAAACUAUCGCUCAAUGAGGUUCUUCAAGCAGGACCAGUUGUACAGAAUGGAAUAUUCUCUAUUACGCUGCGAUUCCGUAAGUACGCUUAUGCAUUUUCAAGCGAUAUAGAAAAAAUGUACCGGCAAGUGUUCGUUGCGCCGGAAGAACGCCGAUUCCUCCGAUGCUUUUGGAGGUCCGACCCGUCACAUCCAUUAAGGGUUCUCGAGCUUAAUACCGUUACUUACGGAACAGCUUGUGCGCCAUACCAAGCAACAAGGUGUUUGGUACAACUUGCCAAAGAAGAAGGUUCCGAGUUUCCCAUCGGCUCUCGAAUCUUGACUGAGGACUUUUACGUUGACGAUGCGCUUUCUGGCGCUAACACGUUGGAAGAAGCUCUCGAAAGCCAACGUCAAUUAAAAGAACUGCUAACCAGAGGUGGUUUCCAUAUUCACAAAUGGUGCUCCAAUUCGGCAGAGUUUCUAGAGCACAUUCCACCAGCCGACCGAGAAAGGAAGGUUCCUUUUUAUGAGUACGGAGCAAAUGAAGUAAUAAAGGUGCUUGGAUUGUUGUGGGAUCCUGACGGCGACGUCCUCAUGAUAGCCAAUCCGCCGAAAUGUUCUUUUCAGGAUGAUAAGCUAGCCACGAAACGAAUGAUUUAUUCCGAGGUGGCAAAAUUGUUUGAUCCACUCGGACUGUUUGCGCCAGUAAUUGUCAUGGCCAAACUGUUGGUACAGCAGCUUUGGAAAAUAUCAGCUGGAUGGGACGAUCCCAUCGACGAAACCAUCCGCGAAAAUUGGGCUACUCUGCGCGCAUCCCUUCCAGACCUUGGACGCAUUCACGUUCUAAGGUGUGUUAUGUUCCCGAAUGCGAUUGCAUAUGAGUUGCAUGGUUUUUCCGAUGCAUCGAACGUGGCGUACGGUGCAUGCGUCUACUUGAGAAGUAUUUUCACCAAUGGAUCCGCCAACCUACGUCUUCUAUGCAGCAAGUCAAAGGUUGCCCCAUCAGACGAUGUCUCCAUUCCUCGUAAAGAGCUCUGUGCCGCUCAUCUGCUUUCGAAAUUGAUCAGCCAGGUCGUUCCCGCACUUCAAAUGAACUUUCGAGAAGUUGUUCUCUGGUCGGACAGCACCAUUGUUCUGGCAUGGCUGAAGAAACCGUUAGAUCAACUUCAGACGUUCGUAAGGAAUCGGAUUGCUUUGAUACGAAAGGAUACCAAUGAGUAUCGAUGGAGUUAUGUUUGCUCGGCCAAUAAUCCCGCCGAUAUCGUUUCUCGAGGAAAGCUGCCAUAA